AUGGCUGAGCAGAGCAGCAGCGACUGCGGCGGGAGCUUCAACAGCUUCUACGAGACAUGGUUCCAGCAGCUGCACCAGCUGGUCCGGCAGCUCCGGCUGUGUCCCAACCCGCCCACCACCCACGACCACCGCGCCGCCGUCUCGAACCUCGUGCAAACCAUCAUGUCCCACUACUCCGAUUACUACCAGGUGAAGUCAGCUGCGGCGGAGCGCGACGUGCUGCAGAUGUUCACGGCGCCUUGGGCCACCUCCCUGGAGCGAUCCCUCCACUGGAUCGCGGGGUGGAGGCCGACCACGCUGUUCCACCUCGUCUACACGGAGUCUAGCAUCCUGUUCGAGUCCCACAUUGUCGACAUUCUGAAGGGGUUGAAGACAGGGGACCUCGGCGACCUGUCCCCGACACAGUUUCGACGCGUGAGCGAGCUGCAGUGCGACACGGUGAGGGAGGAGAAUGCCAUUACUGAUGAGCUGUCGGAGUGGCAGGACGGGGCGAGCGAUCUGGUGGGCUGCUUGACGGAGGGCGUGGAGAGGAAAGUGAGGAAGCUGGUGGGGAUCCUGAGGAAGGCGGACGAUCUGAGGUUGAAGACGGUGAGGCGGGUGGUGGAGCUGCUGACUCCGCAGCAGGCUGUGGAGUUCUUGAUAGCUGCGGCGGAGUUGCAGUUUGGUGUCCGCGGUUGGGGACAAGACCAGGAUGGCGUUCGUCGGUGUUGUUGA